AAAAGAGGAGUUAAAAAAGGUAUGUAUUUCUUUGUCCAUGCCGUUAACGUACGCUGCCGUGGCGGUGACAGUAAGCAAAUAUCCAAUCAAUACCCACAACCUCGCCGGCGCAAAAACCGUCGCACACUGGUCAGAGCUGAAAAUAAUGAGAAAUCCAAUCGGAGCGGCGAGGGCUUUCGACAAGAUGUUACGCGGCGGCCUUCUUUCAUCGCCAAUGGCCUCGAGGCAUCAGUUUUUCUUCAACAGCAUUGGUUUCCUAGAUUUCUAGAAAAUUUUUCAUUCUUGCACUCUAGAAGAUGAUCGCCAGAAAUUCGCUUAAAUUUCUUAACGAAAUCAAUGAAAAACAAUGAAUAAUUCCAUCAGCACAAAGAGAAGAAAGCAGUCUGUUGAGAAAAUUUUCUAUUAGCAAGAAAGCGUGAUUCAGGCU